AUGUUUUUCAAUGUGCUAAGAAAUCUGAUGUUUGAUUCCGGCCAAAUUCCAGAGUGUAAAUACAUUUUUGAAAGCGACGAUCUAACUUAUGAAGAAUUGAAAACUCGAAAAAAAGAAGAAUGGGAGGAAAUAACAGGAACAUUUUUCGAGAAAGAUUUCAUCGAAAUCAAUGGUCCUGAAAAGUGUCUGAGAAAGAAGAAAGAAUGGAAGACUCCGAGUUUGGACGAAUUUAUAUCAGCCAGAUAUUUGGUAAUUGAUGACGAGAUGAAAGAAUAUCAUAAGCUUCCAGCAGAGCUAGAAGAUUAUGAGAAGAAAAAGAAAACAGAUGUUAACUAUAUUGAAAAGAUGGAAAGGGAAAAGAACAGAACCAAACUACUGUAUGAGCUCAAACCUACCAACGGAGAAGAGAAAUACGAACACCGUCGAGCUGCAAAUAAGCUCCGAGCUGACCAUGAUUUGAAGCGUGAAAAGGGAAAGAUUUUCGGAGGAAAAAAGAAAAAAGAAGGCGAAUACAUGGCAUGUGAAUCUCUUCGGGAAAGAGGAGAAAAGCACGAAAACGAGAAGGAAGAAAAUAUUCCGAUUGGCGAACAUUUGGAUAUCAAGAAAAGAUCGUUGGCUUACCGAGAAAUGCUCAAUACCGGAGAAGAAAUGAAAUUCGAGGGCAGUCCACAGAUCGACGACGCAUCCUUGGAUCAGGAUGGUCCGUAG